ACGCAAUACUUGCAACAAGUUCUAUUCCCUUAACUUCAACCAAACAUGUCGAAAAUCGGUAUUAACGGAUUUGGCCGCAUCGGUCGCUUGGUGCUUCGCGCCGCCAUCGAAAAGGGAGCUACGGUUGUUGCCGUCAAUGACCCCUUCAUCACUCUUGACUACAUGGUCUACAUGUUCAAGUAUGACUCUACUCACGGCCGCUUCAAGGGUGAAGUUAAGGAAGAGGCUGGCAAGCUUGUUGUCAACGGUCACCACAUUCAGGUCUUCAGUGAGCGAGACCCCAAGAACAUUCCAUGGGGAGCUUCUGGAGCUGAAUACGUAGUUGAGUCCACUGGUGUCUUCACCACUUUGGAGAAGGCUCAAGCCCACAUUGAUGGAGGAGCCAAGAAAGUCAUCAUUUCUGCCCCAUCUGCUGAUGCCCCCAUGUUUGUUGUUGGUGUCAACCUUGAUGCUUAUGACCCAUCCAUGAAGAUCGUCUCCAAUGCUUCUUGCACUACCAACUGCUUGGCGCCUUUGGCCAAAGUCAUCAACGAUCAGUUCGGCAUCGUCGAGGGCUUGAUGACCACUGUCCACGCCAUCACUGCCACCCAAAAGACCGUCGAUGGACCUUCUGGCAAAUUGUGGCGUGACGGUCGUGGUGCUGCCCAAAAUAUUAUUCCUGCCUCGACUGGUGCCGCUAAAGCAGUGGGAAAAGUUAUUCCCGAACUGAACGGAAAGUUGACUGGCAUGGCUUUCCGCGUACCCGUGCACGAUGUCUCUGUUGUUGAUCUAACCUGCCGGCUGUCCAAGGAAGCCAGUUAUGAUGAAAUCAAGGCCGUCGUCAAAGCCGCAGCUGAUGGACCCAUGAAGGGUAUCUUGGGCUUUUGCGACGAAGAGGUUGUUUCCACAGACUUCAUCGGUGACAACCACUCUUCCAUCUUCGACGCCAAGGCUGGUAUUGCCCUUAACAAAACUUUCGUCAAAUUGAUUUCAUGGUACGACAACGAAUUUGGUUACUCGUGCCGUGUUGUCGACUUGAUCAAGUACAUGCAGUCCAAGGAUUAAGUUAAAAUUAUAGCUGCGUUAUGGGAUAAGUCAUCAGCAUACAUUUGCAGCAGAAGGAUCUGUUACUAAGUCUGUUAAUGUUGUCAAAUUCUCCAUCUUUCAUUCUUGCUACCACAUUGGCUACAACGAUUGGUGUUUGUCGUUGGUUCUUUCUAUAGUCGGAAAAUCCCACUUUUAGAUGUCUGUUACAUUGGCUACAGGAAUAUAAACGUUUGUCACAA